AUGAAUCUCAGUAUAGGGAUAGAAUACCAUCAACAGCCGGUGGAGUUGACUGACAUCCUGGAGAUCAGUAACAUCGUGUUCACCUGCAUGUUCCUUCUGGAGAUGAUGUUCAAGCUGCUGGCCUUCGGCCUGUUCGGCUACAUCAAGAACCCCUACAACAUCUUCGACAGUGUCAUCGUCAUCAUCAGUGUUUGGGAGAUCGUUGGGCAGGCGGACGGCGGUCUGUCGGUCCUGCGUACCUUCCGUCUGCUGCGGGUCCUAAAGCUGGUCAGGUUCCUGCCCGCCCUGCGCAGACAGCUGGUGGUUCUGAUGAAGACCAUGGACAACGUAGCCACCUUCUGUACGCUACUGAUGCUGUUCAUAUUCACCUUCAGUAUCCUUGGUAUGCACCUGUUUGGCUGUAAAUUCAAUCUGCAGAUGGAGAAUGGAGACACCAUCCCAGACCGCAAGAACUUCGACUCUCUGCUCUGGGCCAUCGUUACUGUGUUUCAGAUCCUGACUCAGGAGGACUGGAAUGUGGUCCUGUAUAACGGCAUGGCCUCCACCUCUCCUCUCGCUGCUCUCUACUUUGUAGCUCUGAUGACGUUUGGGAACUACGUCCUCUUCAACCUGCUGGUGGCCAUCUUGGUGGAGGGCUUCCAGGCUGAGCGGUCACGUUGCGAACCGCGACGUUCUGGCCCCUCCCAUAAUCAUGCGCACGGCGGCCACACCCAUGCCGACGCCCAAGAGCUCUUGGGCCCUGAGUCCAUUCUGGGGGAGGGGCUUAUGUAUGGAGAGGUGGGUUUAGGGUAUUCAGAGGCAGGGAUUGACUGUGUGGAUUCUCGUCGCGGCAGUGCUGCUUCCAUAGAACCCUCAGCCUACGACCAGCGCUCUCUGUCCAGCCCCGGCCAGCGCUCGCCCCUGCCUCCCAGAGGUCAGUGUUCAGUCAGUGGGUGGGGCAGCAGGAGGUCAAGUUGGAAUAGCCUCAACCGCAGCGACACCAGCGGAGAGAGGAAGAGUCUGCUGUCAGGAGAGGGAGGAGGGGAGGAGGAGGAGGAGGAAGAGGAAGAGGAAGAGGGGUCCUUAGAGCUGUUACAGGUGUCCUCUCUGGGCCCGUCGGUAACAGGGGAGUACGGGGACUGUAACGGGAGGAGUCUUCAUCCCGUGACCUAUGACCCCAACAAGGACAACCUUUCACCUGACGAUGACAUGGAGGAGGACAACCUGUGGUUCCGGGUCAGGAGAACGCUGCAGAGCCACAAGCCACGCUGGUGCAGAGAACACAAAGACUGGAACCUCUACCUGUUCUCCCCUCAGAACUCGUUCCGUGUCUGGGGUAAAGGUCUGAUCUCUCAUAAGAUGUUUGAUCACGUGGUCCUGGUCUUCAUCUUCCUCAACUGCAUCACUAUAGCUCUGGAGAGACCCGGCAUCCAGCCUCACAGCACCGAGCGAGUGUUUCUGAGUGUCUCCAACUACGUGUUCACUCUAAUCUUCCUGGCUGAGAUGACUGUCAAGAUUGUAGCGUUGGGGUUUUGCUGGGGUAAACAGAGCUACUUGAAGAGCAGUUGGAAUGUGCUGGAUGGGAUCCUGGUGUUUGUCUCUCUGGUGGACAUCCUGGUUUCUCUGGCCUUGACCGGAGGGAACCGCAUCCUGGGAAUCCUCAGAGUAUUACGGCUGCUACGCACACUACGACCUCUCAGGGUGAUCAGUCGAGCCCCAGGGCUGAAGCUUGUAGUAGAGACUCUGAUCACGUCUCUGAGACCCAUCGGAAACAUCGUCCUCAUCUGCUGCGCCUUCUUCAUCGUGUUUGGAAUACUGGGAGUACAGCUGUUCAAGGGGAAGUUCUACCACUGUGAAGGCCUGGACACCAGAAACAUCACCACCAAGUCAGACUGUCUGCUGGCAAACUACCGUUGGAUACGGAGAAAAUAUAACUUCGACAACCUGGGACAGGCACUGAUGUCUCUGUUCGUGCUGUCCUGUAAGGAUGGAUGGGUCAACAUCAUGUAUGACGGCCUGGACGCAGUGGGAGUAGACCAGCAGCCCGUCAGGAACCACAACCCCUGGAUGCUCCUCUACUUCAUCUCCUUCCUCCUCAUCGUCAGUUUCUUCGUCCUCAACAUGUUCGUGGGCGUGGUCGUGGAGAACUUCCACAAGUGUCGACAGGACCAGGAAGAGGAGGAGCAGCGGCUACGGGAAGAGAAGAGGCUCAAAAUCCUGGAGAAAAAGCGCAGGAGUAAGGAGAAGGAUGGGGCCGAAGCCCAACAGAGGCCCUACUAUUCAGACUACUCCCCGGUGCGUCUCACCGUCCACACGUUGUGCACCAGCCACUACCUAGACCUCUUCAUCACCGUCAUCAUCGCCAUCAACGUCCUCACCAUGAGCAUGGAGCACUACAACCAGCCGCAGUAUCUGGAGGAGGCUCUGAAGUACUGUAACUACGUGUUUACCUGUGUCUUCAUCAUCGAGACCCUGCUGAAACUAGUGGCCUUCGGACUGAACAGGUUCUUUAAGGACAGGUGGAACCAGUUGGACCUGGCCAUAGUGUUGUUGUCCAUCAUGGGCAUCACUCUGGAGGAGCUGAAGAUGAACGCAUCGCUGCCCAUCAACCCCACCAUCAUCAGGAUCAUGAGAGUACUGAGGAUCGCUAGAGUGUUGAAGCUGUUGAAGAUGGCUACAGGGAUGAGAGCUCUGCUGGACACUGUCAUGCAGGCCCUGCCCCAGGUGGGGAAUCUGGGUCUCCUCUUCAUGUUGCUGUUCUUCAUCUACGCAGCCCUGGGAGUGGAGCUGUUUGGGAAACUGGAGUGUAACGACAGUAAUCCGUGUGAGGGUCUGAGUCGCCACGCUACGUUUGAGAACUUUGGGAUGGCUUUCCUCACGUUGUUCAGAGUCUCUACUGGAGACAACUGGAACGGAAUCAUGAAGGACACGUUGCGCGAGUGUCUUCCAGAGGAGCGCUCCUGUCUGACCUACCUUCCCCUGGUGUCCCCAGUCUACUUCGUGACCUUCGUCCUCAUGGCCCAGUUCGUGCUGGUCAACGUGGUGGUAGCGGUGUUGAUGAAGCACCUAGAGGAGAGCAACAAGGAGGCCAAGGAGGACGCCGAGAUGGACGCCGAGAUAGCGCUGGAGAUGGAGAGAGCUAGACGUCUUAGCUCCACCUCUAACGCGUCAUCACUGGGCGGGGCCUAUGUGGGGACACGCCUACACUCACCUGGUCAGGAGGAGGAACGCCAGUGCAGCCAGGAGGAGGAGCUUCUGUCACCAAGGAAGAUGUCCGUAUCCAGGAUGCAUUCCCUCCCUAACGACAGCUACAUGUUUCCUCCUGUACGACCUGCUAGCGCCACCUACCCUCUACAGGAGGAUCACACCAGCCUCCUGCACCAAGCCUCAGGCUCUGUGACGUCUGUUUACUCCCAGACGUGGGAAGAACAGGCUCCGCUGUCCAGCCUCUCUCCCCCUCCUCCCCCUGCUCCACUUGUCCUCACCCCCCCUCACAUCGCCCCGCCAAGGCCCUCGCCCAGGGGGCUGCGCAGACAGGUAGCUGUGAAGGUGGACUCAGUGGAGGUUCAUAGUGUUGACUCAGUAGAGAGACAGGACCCCCCUCUCAACCCUCCCCCUCUCCCCCUACAUGGAAGUGGGCGGUGUCACUCCCUCUCCCCCUACGCCUCCCCCGUCUCCCCCGCCUCCCUGAGGAGCCGAGGGAGUGCGCUCAGCCUGCUGGGGGCGGGCCUAAAAGGUCAUGACCCGAGGAAGGGCUUCAGCGUAGACACCCAGGGCUUCCUGGAUGAACCCCGUCGUCCUGACGACCAGCGACGACACUCCACGGAGAUCUGCCCGUCCCCUCCGGAGGACCCGCCGCUAGGGGAGGGGGCAGAGGUCAGAAGUCACGGGAAGAAGCGGAUGAGCCCACCCUGCAUCUCCAUCCACCCCCCACGUGGCUCACCAGGCCGUGCGCCCUCGGAGGAGCCGCCGGCAGACUGCAACACGCUGCUGAGACGCAGGACGCCCUCCUACGACCUCGCCGACACACACACGCCGACGCCUCCAGCCAGCCAAUCAGGAACAAACAUUUCCGACACUCUGCCCUCUCACGUGAGCCAAUCAGGAACCAGCGCCUGGCUGACCUCUGACCCUUACAUGAAGUGA